CUUAAAAAUAUUAUAUAAGCUUCAUAUAUCCUAAGACUAGUCUGGAGAAAAAAUAAAUUAUUGUACAAUAUAACAUAAUCUAUACUAUAUUAAAAGGGUUAUAUGAGCAUCAGAGAGGACGUCCACGUCAGACAAUAAAAUCGACUAAUCAAGAGAUCCCUUUUUGACAUGUCAUCACGAGUUUAAAAAUAUGGGCUUCGUUUUUUUUUUUGAGACAAAAUGUAAAUAUCAAUGCCCAGGAAGCCCAUUCUUUUUUCUCUUAGCCUUCUUUGUUUCACCUUUCACGAUCUAAAGUGGAGAGAUCCGACGUUUCCCUUUUUCAAUUCUUCAAACCCCCAAUUUUCUAGAUGAUUCGUGAAACCCUUUGCUCUUCCCCUCUUCGUUUCCAUCUCACGAUCUGAUCCACACGAUUAAUCAAUACAUCCUCCACAAUUGAUUGAGAUGGCUUCAGGUCCAGAUCCGAACAGCUUUGGUGAUGGUGCGAAGCGGGAUGAAGCUACGACCAAGGUUCCUUCUAAGGAUCCCAAGAAGAAGGAUGAUAAGAAAGAGGAAGAUCUGUCUGAAGAGGACUUGAAACUGAAGCAGAACCUGGAGCUCUAUGUUGAGAGGGUUCAAGACCCUAAUCCUGAACUGCAGAAGGCUGCUCUCGAAAGCAUGAGGCAGGAGAUCCGUGCCUCAACAAGCUCCAUGACGUUGUUAGACCGGAUGCCAAAGAGGUUGUCAUGGCUGGAACUUGGAGGUUCUCAAAGGCUUUGUGGUUAGUGAUGCUACUGAUGUGGAGACGUUGUGUCUACUGGCUGAACUGAAGCACUUGAAGAAGCUGAGAAAGCUAAGCAUUACUAUAAACAAAGGUGGUGAAUUCACUGUUUCUCAGCUGUUUGUGGAUAUUCAGGACUUCUCCAAUCUGGAGAAGUUGAAAGUGGCGUGGGGAGGUAUUAAUGAACACAACAAAGCUGAAUCUACUUCUGGAGCAGUAAAAUAAUUCAUCAGGUCGAUGACACGGCUUCCUCCUAAUAGCCCAGUUACAGAUCCAAAGCCUCACAAGGCUCCAAAGAAGGUAGCCGUUCCAAGCCACCUUCCAGAGAAGUUAAUGAAACUGGACCUGCAGUGUUUUCCUGAUGCUGAACUUCCCUCAUUGCUUGAGCCUGGUAAGCUAUGUAUGUUGGAAAAACUCUACAUCAAAGGAGGAACCAAGCUUACAGGCUUUGGGAAGUCAGUGCCUGAGAAGCCAACAGAGUGCAGUGUCAAGGUUUUGCGUCUGAAAUUCCUUCCCAGGCUAAAAGUGGAGUGGAGGGAGCUGAGGGAACUAUACUUCCAAAACUGGAGUUCUUGGAUAAGUAUCAGAGCCCUCAAGUUAGUUUCUGCCCCUGUGAUGGUAUCGGAAUCUGGCGCGGCAAGUCUAACCAAUUCUGAGCUGAGAGUUGCUCAGUUUUCCACAUGUUGUCUAUCCAUUCUGUUUCUGUUGUUGUACGUUUGUUUCCUCAUUUUCCAUUGAUGUCUUCCUUGUGAAUAUAACAAUAUGAUGACACCUACAGUAUUGUAAUAGAAAAACUUUCAGACAAA